AUGGAAAAUAAAUACCAAUAUAACGGUAAUCCAACAACUUUACCAGAUAUUAUUGAUCCUGGUAUCACUAUCCCUAUUUUUGAUGAUGUAUUAGAAGAACCAGAUAAUGAAUUAAGUUCACAACAACCGCAAAAAUUAGGUUCCUAUAGAGUACGUGCAGGAAAAUUUUCAAAUACUUUAAGCAAUUUAUUACCAUCAAUUAGUGCAAAAUUACAUCAUGGUAAAAAAAAUUCAAAUGGUAAAGUUGUCACUAAUGAUUCAAUGCCAAUAGAUACUACUAUUCAAACAGAUUUAGAUUAUCGUAUCAGUGGAGAAAUGCUGAGAAGAAGCGCAGAAGUUGAUAGAUUAUUACCUCAAGGGAUUAAUAUAAGUGAAGUUGAAAAUGUUACUUCAACACAGGAUUCUGACAGACUGGUACAUUUUCCUCCAUCUACUGAUUAUUUAAUAAAUGCUCCAAGAAGAUCAAAUGAUUCAUUUACAUUAGGCACUACUUUAUCACAACCAAUGAAUAGAACUAGAAAUAAUACAAUGUCUUCUCAAAUUACAUCUAUAUCUUCAAUGGCACCAGGCCCUGUAUCAGCAGGAGCUAUUUGGGGUAACACAAACACAAGCGUUAAUGAUUCGCUACAUCAACCAAUACAGACUGCUGCUACUACCGCUAAUAACAAUAACUCAAUUUAUGAACAAGUUAUACCAUCUAUGACUAACGGUACGGUACAGGAUAGCAGUUCAUCCAUUCAUGGUAAAAAUACCAAUAUGUUAAAUGUACCUCCAGUCGCAAUGUGGACAAAUCCAACACAAUCGAGACAAAGAUCCGCAUCAAAUAGUUCAAGUAUAUAUAUGGAUGCUGCCCAAUUUGAUCAACAAUCCUUAUAUUCCCAUGCUCAAUCGAAUUAUACAUCAAAUCAACAAUUCCAUGAUGGACCCCUAGUGAUAGAUGAUGUCGAUCCAAGAUCAAUUAAUUGGGUAUCAAAUGAUCCCAACGUACCAUCCAUUAAUAGAAUUUCUACAUUGAUUCCAACAAAUACAAUUUCCAUCUCUAAUGUUCUUUCCUUACAAGAACAACAACCUCAUUUGAAUAAUGCAGUUAAUUUAACCUCUACAUCACUAGCAACACUAUGUAGUAAAUUUGGGGAAGUUACCUCAGCAAGAACAUUUAAAGGAAUAAACAUGGCAAUUGUGGAAUUUACUACGGUAGAGGCAGCUUCUGAAGCAUUAAAUUCUCUACAAGGCAAAGAAGUAUCUAUGAUUGGAGCUCCAAGUUUUAUUGCAUUUGCUAAGAUAUUACCUAUGCAUCAACAACAACAAUACUAUGGUAAACAACAAAUUCAACAACCAGAACAAAUUCCUCAACCGUUAUUACAUGAGCAAUUAUACAAUGGGUCAGUUACUUUACAAAAACAAGGUAAUGUCUCUGUUCCGGUCUUUAAUCAAUAUCAACAGCAACAACAACAACAAGUUCAAUCAAUACCCCAGAUUCCAUAUUCUCAAUCUCAACCUCAACAACAACAAUCCCAACAAUCACAUAACCAACAUUAUGGCGGUAAUUAUCAAACUCAUACUAGUCAUAUACAUUCCACAUCAAUGGAAAGAGAACAAUGUCCAUUCCCACUUCCUGCACCUACAGUUAUAAGCAAGAUGGGUGACUUAAAGAAGAUCAUAAAUUCAUUCGAUAUAGAACGCGAUGAACAACAAGUGACCAACUUGUUGAAUGGUGUAAUAAAUUUCAAAGGUACUACAGAUACCGAAAAUUUUGGACCUUUACCAAAUUCUAACGUCGUAAAGGGUUUCGAAGCAUCAAAAUUGAGGGAACUUCGUAAGGCUAUGGAUAGUGAUUCAAUGUCUCAAAUUGAACUUGAACAACUUGCAAUGACAAUGCUAGAUGAAUUACCAGAAUUCUGUUCUGAUUAUCUAGGUAACACAAUUGUUCAAAAAUUAUUUGAAAAUUGUUCCGAUAUCAUUAAAGAUAUCAUGUUAAGGAAGACUGCAAAAUAUCUAACCUCAAUGGGUGUUCAUAAAAAUGGUACCUGGGCGUGUCAAAAAAUUAUUACAAUGGCUCAUACCCCAAGACAAGUUCAAUUGGUUACUUCAGGUAUUCGUGAUUACUGUACUCCAUUAUUUGAUGACCAAUUUGGUAAUUAUGUUAUUCAAUGUGUUCUUAAAUUUGGAAUGCCCUGGAAUAAUUUUAUUUUUGAAAGUAUCAUAUCAAACUUUUGGACAAUUGUACAAAACAGAUACGGUGCAAGAGCUGUCAGAGCUUGUCUUGAAGCCCAUGAUAUUAUCACUAAAGAACAAACUCUAGUAUUGAGUAGUGUUAUCAUACUAUACUCGGAAUAUUUAUCAACCAAUGCUAACAGUGCACUACUACUAACUUGGUUUUUAGAUACCUGUGUUUUACCAAAGAGGCACACUGUAUUAGCAUCAUAUAUUACCAAAAAUAUUGAUGAGUUAUGCCGUCAUAGAUUAGCUUCGUUGACGGUUCUAAAGAUUUUAAAUUAUAGAGGUGAUGAUGUUGCUAGAAAAAUUACGCUUCAGGCAAUUUUCGGUGAUUUAACGUCUGAAGAGCCACCGCAAUCUUUGAAAGUAAUUCUAAACAAUUCUAGUUAUGGACCUACAUUUAUCUACAAAGUCUUGUGCAUGCCUCUAUUGGAUGAAGAUACAAGACAACACAUUGUUCAACAAGUGAGAAAAGUGGUGAAGGACUCUGCAUCGGCUCAACAACAUAGACGUUUAAUGGAAGAAAUUGGUUUUGCACCUCCUAGUUCUCAUCCUCAAGGAAAUAUAAACAAGCAUACACAUAGGAAAACUAGCAGCAAUGUAGCAUUUAGUCCUGAAGCUAAUGGCCAUAUGAGAGGUCCUUCAACCUCUAGUAUACGUAGCAAUGGUUCAAGACAAACCAAUGUUAUAUCUCAGAACGUUCCAGGACAAUCUGCCAACUCCCCACCAAAUAAUUCAAACGCCAAUGGUGCGUCGUACUUCAAUUAUCCGGGAAUGUUCCCAGGUGGGUUCUUUGGAGGUUCAAAUGGUACCAACAUGAUUGAUAACGAUGAUAUCAUUAAUAAAUUCGAAAGACUAAAUUUGAACAAUGGUACACAUCUAUCGCUCCCAAAACUAAGUUUUAGAGGUCGUCCAACAAAUGGCCCCACAGGUAAUGCCGCUUUUGAACAAAAUGGCACUGCCAAUAACGAUUACAAAGUAUGA